CUGCGCAUUGUGGUAGCGAAGUGAGGACGCUCAUGCGCGCACAAGAUUUUUGUCCUGGGUUCGCGCGCUGCCCGCCAGCCGUCUUUACUGAGGCACUCCGUUGUCUCUGUGACUGUUGCGGCUCAGAGUGCUAGUGAGUGACGCGGCGGAGGUGUAGUUUGACGCGGUGUGUUACGUGGGGGAGAGAAUAAAAAUCCAGCGAGAUCCUGGCCGCGAACGAAAGCAGUGACGGAGGAGACUGGAACCGCAGAACAUGGAAUCUGGUACGGAAGCCCAGCAGAGUGGAGAUGCUGUAGUUACUGAGGCAGAAUCUCAGCAGAUGUCAAUACAGGCACAACCACAGAUUGCAACGUUAGCACAGGUUACUGUGCCAGCUGCUCAUCAUACUUCUACAGCCCCCACAGUGACAUUAGUUCAGCUUCCCAACGGUCAGACUGUUCAAGUUCAUGGUGUUAUUCAGGCUGCCCAGCCAUCAGUCAUUCAGUCACCACAAGUGCAGACCGUUCAAGUAAGUCAGACAAAGAUUUCGACAAUCGCAGAAAGUGAAGACUCGCAGGAGUCUGUAGACAGUGUGACUGACUCUCAGAAACGUAGAGAAAUUCUGUCUAGACGUCCUUCUUACAGAAAAAUCCUAAAUGAUUUGUCAUCUGAUGCACCUGGAGUGCCAAGAAUUGAUGAGGAAAAAUCUGAGGAGGAAACAACAACACCCGCUAUUACUACUGUGACAGUUCCAACUCCAAUUUACCAGACAAGCAGUGGCCAAUACAUUGCUAUCACACAAGGAGGAGCAAUACAGUUAGCAAACAAUGGUACAGAUGGUGUUCAGGGUCUGCAGACGCUCACUAUGACAAAUGCAGCCACUGCUCAGCCAGGAACUACAAUCCUACAGUAUGCACAGACCACAGAUGGACAGCAGAUACUUGUUCCUAGCAACCAGGUGGUGGUUCAAGCUGCCUCUGGUGAUGUACAGACUUAUCAGAUUCGCACAGCACCCACCAGCACUAUCGCCUCUGGUGUUGUUAUGGCAUCUUCACCAGCACUCCCUCCUCAACCCGCUGAAGAGGCAGCCCGAAAGAGAGAAGUACGGUUGAUGAAAAACAGAGAAGCUGCCCGUGAGUGCCGCAGAAAGAAGAAAGAAUAUGUGAAGUGUCUAGAAAACAGAGUAGCUGUACUGGAAAAUCAGAAUAAGACACUAAUUGAGGAACUGAAAGCACUCAAGGACCUUUAUUGUCACAAGUCUGACUAGGGUGACAUUUUAACACACCAUGUGAAACUGAGAUGGGUCUAGCUAGGACACACUGAACUCAGAAGACUUAAAAUUUUUGUAAAAUUGGCUUUUUUAUUUUCUAUGUGCAAGACUGCCUGAAAAAAAUUGCAGAUAUCAUCUGUGCUUCAUAAAACUGAAUAUUUCAGUCGAUUUCUGAGGUCACGUCUGCUCAUUUUGAGUUGCAGUGCUGCAAAGAAAGUGGAUGGAUUCUGUGCAGUACUUUGUCUAAUCAAGGAAAGAGUGGAUUUUUUGUAUUCUGUGAUUCAAGAGCCUCACUCCACCUACACUGGAUGUAGAAACAAAAAUCCUCAUCUUGCUUAGACCUUGAAACUGUGGAUGCAUUGUAGUGUCAAAUAUGUAAUUUAAUUACAGUUUGGGAGGCUUGCUAGAUUUAAGAUCACUGCUAAAGCACUCUGCAUUAUUUUUGCCUUUUACAUUCACUUGCCCAUUCAGUACCUACGCCACGCCAUAGAAGGAACAGAUGUUGAAAUGGAAAAGUCUGGAUAUAGUAACAUCAGUAAAAUGGGCAAGAUCUUUGAAAAAUGGUCAGCAGAGUCCUUUGGAAAGUUACGUGACUUGCUGUGUCAUUCUUAUUGCCAUCUCCAUUGUGGUGAUUACUGCAGAAUUCACAGACCUGGACUCUGAAUGGAGUGUUGCACAGUUGAAUGCUUAGAGGCGCGCCCUGUGGGAGAGCUAUCAUGAACUUCAGAUUAAACAUUUGGUCAGUUGGAAAUAUUUAUUCCUGUGAUACCAUCCUGAUGACAGGAUGUUUUGUGUUGAAUUAGUUUGUCAAAAGGAAAUCUGGAUGCUACAGGUUUUCAUCCCUGACAGACUGUAGAUUUUCUACAAAAAUGGAAUGUCAUUUUAAGUGACAGAGGUGCUGCCAUCUUUUUUUCUUUUUAUACAGUCUCUUGCUACAGCAGUAUCUUAGUAAUGAGAUGUGUCAUUUUAUAAAUGGAUGGUAGGGUGUUAUGGGCCCCCUCCCAACUCCUCAAAUCUCACCUGCUGUUAGACUUUUUCAAAUGUCAGAAUUCUCAGUGGUGUGAUUUAUAAACCACAGUGCAUAAAUGCACAGCAGCUGAACAGAUUUUUGAGGUACUUUUAACUAUGAAAUUCUAUUGUUAGAAAAUGUUGAUCUGUAGGAUCUCCUAUUUUUGUGCAGAUGACCUGCAGUAAAUCAAAGAACAGUGUCUCUUACCUUCUUUUUAAGUCUCGUGUUUAUUUUGCAGUUUAUUCCUUCAUUUUACAUUUAGCCAGAAAGGUGUAAACCUGUAUUCUAGUUAAUUUGUAUAGAAUUCAGACAUUUGUCAUGGCGUGAUUAGUACCAUCACAUUUACUUUUAAACACUUGCUUAAGUAUGGGUAUUUUGUACCUCUUGCAUUACUAAAUGUAGUGUUUCAGGAGGUGAGGGGGACUGCUCUUGUCAAGUGGAGCCUGUUAUUGGUAUAUAAACUCUGCACCAGCAGAUGUGCUCAGAAAAUCAUUUUGCAUAUAAACCAUAGAAUUAAAGCAUUCAUUUUGCAAAUUAACUGUAGAUGAAUUUUUUAAAGCUAAAAUAUCCAGCUCACUGUUGAAUAGUUUUUGCCCUUUGUUUUAAAAGGAAUUUUUAAGUGUAUAUUCUCAUCCAGAGGAUUGUUUUGUCCUUUUCCAUAAAGCCUCAUCAGUAGUGUUUUUCUGUUUAAAACUGUAAAAGUCUAAAAAAAACAACUAAAGAAAGGUGAUGGAACAACCUCACAAAACACUGCAGCAGUAUUAUAAUAUGUUAACAGUGAUAGAGUUCAUUUAUGUACAAGAUAUUAUGCAAAGUAAAUCAGCUUACAAAGAA